AGCAACGACAUGGCAGCCUCCGGUUUUGUGAACUGAUACACGGUCCGAGCUGGUAAACAAAAAGUGCUUCGAUUUUUACAGCGAGAACCGGUUCCCCAAAGGCACAAGCAGCGGACCCAGCCAUGUCUCCAAAGAUCACAGGAGAACUACUCCGACUGCUUCGGCAGGCAAUGAGGAGCUGUAAAUACUUCUCUGAGCCUUUACAGGCCUACAUAGUCCCAUCAGGAGAUGCACACCAGAGUGAAUACAUUUCACCGUGUGACUGCAGACGUGAAUUUAUUUGUGGAUUUAAUGGAUCUGCAGGUACAGCCAUUAUCACAGAGCAGCAUGCUGCAAUGUGGACUGAUGGACGAUAUUUCCUCCAGGCCAGCCAGCAGAUGGACAACAACUGGACACUUAUGAAGAUAGGACUGAAGGAGACGCCGUCUCAGGAGGACUGGCUGAUCAACGUCUUACCUGAGAACUCCAAAGUGGGAGUUGAUCCUUGGAUUAUUGCUGCAGACCAGUGGAAGAACAUGUCCAAGGCGCUGACCAGUGCAGGACACUCACUGGUGGCUGUGCAGGACAACCUGAUUGAUGUAGUCUGGACUGACCGACCGGAAAGACCAAGCAUGCAGCUCCGCACGCUGGGACUAGAAUACACAGGUAUUUCCUGGCAGGACAAGGUUACCGCACUGCGAGGCAAGAUGACAGAGAGGAAAAUCACCUGGUUUGUUGCCACAGCACUGGAUGAGAUUGCAUGGCUUUUUAACCUCCGUGGUGCAGACAUUGAUUACAAUCCAGUAUUCUUUGCAUAUGCAAUAGUAGGGAUGAACUCCAUCAGGCUGUUUGUGGACCUUAAGCGUCUUUCUGACCCUGCAGUGAGGGACCAUCUCCAGCUGGACUCCCCCAGCGAGCCUGAGCUGAGUAUCCAGACCUUCCCGUACGAGUCGGUCUACACUGAGCUGCAGGCGAUUUGUGCCGCACUCGGACCCAAAGACAAAGUGUGGAUCUGUGACAAGGCCAGUUGUGCUCUCACACAGGUCAUCCCAAAGAUUCACAGGACUCCCAUCCCCUACACGCCACUGUGUCUCGCUAAGGCUGUGAAGAACGUUACCGAGAUAGAAGGCAUGAAAAUGGCACACAUCAAGGAUGCAGUUGCCCUUUGUGAACUUUUUGCUUGGUUGGAAAAGGAGAUCCAAAAAGGCAACAUAACUGAGAUUUCUGCAGCCGAUAAAGCCGAAGAGUUCCGCAGUCAACAGAAAAAUUUUGUUGGCCUCAGUUUCCCCACAAUCUCCAGCGUGGGCCCAAAUGGAGCAAUCAUACAUUACAGACCGCUGCCUGAAACCAACAGAACUCUCACCGUGAAUGAAGUUUACCUGAUCGACUCUGGAGCUCAGUACAUUGAUGGAACCACAGACGUCACCCGCACCAUCCACUUUGGGACGCCGUCUGCCUUUGAGAAGGAAUGCUUCACUUACGUACUGAAGGGACACAUAGCAGUCAGUGCUGCUGUUUUCCCCAACGGAACAAAAGGACACCUCUUGGAUUCGUUUGCCCGUGCGGCUCUGUGGGAGGCAGGACUGGAUUACCUUCAUGGUACGGGUCAUGGUGUGGGCUGCUUCCUCAAUGUCCACGAAGGGCCCUGCGGCAUCAGCUACAAAACCUUCGCUGAUGAACCUCUGGAGGCUGGCAUGAUUGUCAGUGACGAGCCUGGGUACUAUGAAGAUGGAUCCUUUGGCAUUCGUCUUGAAAACGUGGUCCUCGUUGUUCCGGCUAAGUCCAAAUACAAAUACAGAAACAGGGGCAGUCUGACAUUCGAGCCUCUGACUCUGGUCCCGAUCCAAGUGAAAAUGAUGAGCACAGAGCUGCUCACCCAUAAGGAGAAGGACUGGGUGAACGAGUACCACAAGAAGUGCCGGGAGGUGGUGGGAGCAGAGCUGGAGAGGCAGGGCAAGAUGGAGGCUUUGGAUUGGCUGAUCAGAGAGACUGAGCCAAUCAUCUGAGGAUGAACUCUUACAUCUUACUGACUGCUCGAUAUUGAUAAUCGUUUGUACCUUUCUCAUCUUUCUCUGUCUUACUCAGCUUCUUUUGUAAAGCACAUCACCAGUUUUAAUAAAGAUUAAUAAAAGUCAAGAACUUCA